AGGAGUUUGUGGGUUCAAAUCUGGGCUGGUUUGGCUCUUGUGUUACCUAUUCAACAACAGUAAUAUGCUGUUUAAAGUACUCAGCUGUGGAGUGUCUGCCACAGGGAGCGGGCACGGAGUUAACAGUCAAUUUUUUCACAGAGCACUGGUAUCCAUUACUGCUGUCAUGAGCAAGGUCAGACACAGAAUGAUAGUUUGUCCAAUUAUGUAAAACAGGAAGUAAAGCAGCUGUAUUGAGUCCUGGGAAUGGUGGAGCUGUGUAUAAAACUAAUAAAGCAACGCCCAACCAGAAUAUUUUUCAUCAGCUGCCACUGGCAGAACCUGUUUGAUGUUUAUUUCUGUCUUUUAGCAAGAGGGAACGUUUGUUUAUUUGUCUUUGUUUCAGUUUCCCCAAACUACCUCGCAGGUUUAGACUUCACAGUUUCCAGUCAUGAUGAAGAUCUGCAGCUCUCAGCUGAGGCGCUCUGCCGUCUUAAUCCUGAUUCUGCACAGCCUCACUGCGCUCUCUCAAAUUGACCAUGAAAUCACAUAUGUGGUUGGCUGUUUUAAAGAUGGUCCAAUUCAAGUUCACCUUGAAUUUGAUUCUGAGGAGAUAGGGUUUGUAGACUUUGACAACGUCAAAGUAGUAUCCAGCCUUCCUUCCUUUUUCAUGUUUGACCCAACUACAUAUGAUUCACGGCGCUUAUUGAUAGAUGCCCUCAGAAACACAAAACUAUGUCAAGCUUUUUUGACAUAUGUUGUUGCAGAAGAGAAUCAUCCUCCAGAAAACACAGAUCCCCCUGACACCGUCCUCUACUCUGCUGAAGAAGUGAAGUUCGGAGCUGAAAACACGCUCGUCUGCUUUGUAAACCACUUCUUCCCUCCUUCCAUCAAAGUCAGCUGGACCAAAAACAACCAGCCGGUGUCAGAGGGGGUGUCGCUCAGUCGAUAUUAUCCCAACAGCGACGGAACCUUCCACCAGUUCUCCACCCUGAAGUUCACGCCAAACAAAAGUGACAUCUACUCAUGCACUGUGGAGCACGAGGCUUUGAAGAGUCCCAAAACAAGAAUCUGGGAAUCAGAUGUCGUUCAUGAAAGUCACUCAGUGGUCUUGGACAUUUACUGUGCCGUGGGUCUGAGCUUUGGCUUUCUGGGAGUCGCUGUCGGCACAUUUUUGAUUGUCAAGGGACUCGAGAAAAACAAUUAGUUGGUAUUUGAGAGAUUAUAGUGAAGAAUUUUUAUAUUUUGAUUUUUUGAAUCAUUUUGCUUUUAAAAAAUUAUCUAGAGUGGCUGUUUUAUUUUUCAGUGUGUUGCUGUGAUUGAUUCUGCUUUCAUUUCACUAGUAUUUUGUAAUUUGAUUUCUAAACAGUGAUAUAUGAAUAAAGUGUC